CCGACACUAUAAUUUUUUUUAUUGGAUGUACGAUUAUUUUUUCAUUACAGCAACAACUAAAAAUUUCUGACGAACCACUUCCAAACUCUUGUCAACCAAACUCAUCAGAAUCUCCUUUAAGCAAUAAUAUACCUCUCAUGAGAAUUGUACAAAGUGUGAAACAUACAAAAAAAUGCGGUGCAAAAAUUUUAAAAGAAGGUUGGAUGAUUCAUUACACCAGUCGUGAUUCAGCUCUACGUAGACAUUACUGGCGUCUUGAUUCAAAAGCAAUAACAUUAUUUCAAAGUGAUACAGGAUCGAAAUACUAUAAGGAAAUUCCAUUAGUUGAGAUAUUAGGUAUUGAAACGUUCGAUUCAUCAGAGUCUUCCAAGAAAACAUAUUCCUUUAAAUUAAGGACUGCACUAGUUGACUAUUAUGUUGGAGAAGAUUCAUUAUAUUUUUAUUUGGCUGGAUCAUUACCGACACUAGAUAGUGAUAAAUAUUCAGCACCAUUGAUAACAUUGAAUAAAGAAUCAUCACAUAAUCGUUUGAUAAUGGAUUAUGCAUCUAGAUCAAAGCUUACUAUGAAUCAGCUGGCUGCCAAUCUUUUCGAGCUCAUGGGAAAAAAAAAAACAAAUCUUUGAUUAGCAGCUGACAUGACAAAAACUAAUGAUAUUUUAGAAUUAGCUGAACUUGCUGGACCCCACAUUGUUAUUUUAAAAAUCCACGUAGACAUAAUUGAUGAUUUUUAUAAAGCAUUAAAACAUAAAUUUUUGAUCAUGGAAGACUAAAAAUUUUGAGAUAUCCGUAACACAGUAGCUCUGCAAUAUUCUAAAGGAUUGUAUAAAAUCUCGGAGUGGGCGGAUUUGGUAACUAUUCAUCCAGUAUCUGGUACAGGAGUUUUAGAUGGUGUCAAAGAAGCUUCAAAAUAUAUUUACAAUGAUCGAGGAAAAUUCUUAAUCACAGAAACGUAAUCACAGAAAUGUCAUCACUUAUUUUUAGUUUUUUUAUUUUUUUUAGGUAACAUUAUUCCUUCACUCUCUUUCAGAAGCAGAAAUGAAACAGAAUUCAUUUUUGUUUAUAAAUAAUAAACAGUGUAU